CCUUCCCCGGCGGCCGUUGGCGGCGGCGGGCGGACCAUGGUGGCGGGCGGCGCCGUGCGGCUGCUGCCGCUCCCGCGCCCCCUCCUCGGGUGGGCCGCCGGGGCGAGGGGGGCGCUGCCCGGCUGGGCGGCCGCGGGGCGCGGCGGGCUGCGUGCCGGGCGCUGGGUCGCGGUGGCCUUGGCGGUGCCCGCCGGGACCGGCUGGAAAGAGAGGCCGGGGCAGCGGGGGCCGGUGUGGGCGGGGGAGCGCGGCCCAGAGCGGCCGCCCCGCGGGCUGCUGCGGCGCGGGGGGCUGGCGCUGCGGCUGGCGCUGCGGGCCUGCGGGUUGCUGCUGCGCUUCGGCCCGCUGCUGCUGCUUUACCCGUUGAGCCGCCUGUGGCCUGGCCUGGGUGCCCUGUGGCUGCGGCUGCUGCGGAGGGCAGCCGAGGCGGCUGGCCCAACCUGUAUCAAGCUGGGCCAGUGGGCCAGCACCCGGAGGGACCUCUUCUCUGAGGCCUUCUGCGAUGAGUUCUCUAAGCUGCACGUGGAGGUGAGCCCACACCCGUGGGGCCACACCGCCGAGCUCCUCAGGAAGGCCUUUGGUGAGGACUGGACGGGAGUCCUCAAGUUCCGAAGCCGGGAGCCGGUUGGCUCGGGCUGUGUCGCGCAGGUGUAUAAAGCCUAUGCCGACCUCACGGCUGUCGCCGGCUGCCAGGCCGAGGAGCUGGUGCGACGCUCGGAGUUAAGGUCUGCUUUUGAAGCGUGGGAAGUGUCAGGCUUUAGAGGUCUCCUCAGGUGGCUGAGAAGGAGGAAGAGCCGGGAGAUGUGGGGUGAGAGGAAUGGGGCGGAGCUGAGCCCAGCAGACUGCUCCCAGGGAAGGCCUGCGAGCCGGGUGUCCUUCAUGGAGCAGAUGGCCAAACCACUCCUGAAUGCAAAUCCUUCAUCAGCCAGGCAUCUCGUGCCUGUAGCUAUUAAAGUUCUGCACCCUGGGCUGGUCCACCAAGUCCAGAUGGAUCUGUUUAUAAUGAAGAUGGGUAGCCACAUCAUUGAACUUCUCCCUGGAUUCAAGUGGCUCAGUUUGACAGAGAUUGUCAAGGAAUUUGAGAAGCUUAUGAUUCAGCAGAUUGACUUGCGCUAUGAAGCCAGAAAUUUGGAGCGCUUCCGACAAAAUUUCCUAGAUGUUGAUUUUGUGAAGUUUCCAACUCCCCUUUGGCCUUUAGUAACGACAGAUGUUCUAGUGGAAACAUUUGAGGAGAGUGAGCCUAUUUCGCACUACCUGCAUGCGGACAUUGCCACAGAGCUGAGGCAGAGAAUUGCAAAGAUGGGCAUGGACAUGCUGCUAAAGAUGGUUUUUGUUGACAAUUUUGUCCAUGCUGACCUGCACCCUGGGAACAUCCUGGUUCAAGGCAUGGCCCACGUCAGCACUAGCUGCAAGGAGCAGACGGCCAUCGUGGACCUGUGUGACACUCUUGUGGUGGAAGUGAAGCCACCCCUGAGGCGGCUCUGCCUGGUGCUGCUGGAUGCAGGGAUCGUGGCGGAGCUGCAGAGCGCUGACAUGCAGAACUUCCGAGCAGUUUUCACGGCUGUGGUCCAGGGCCAGGGGGAGAGAGUGGCAGAACUGAUCCUUCAUCACGCCCGUGCUAACCAGUGCCAGGAUAUUGAGCGAUUUAAAGCUGAGAUGGCGGAACUAGUGACCAAGGCCCGGGGGAACACCAUUGCCCUAGGAAAGCUUCAGGUGGCAAAUCUCCUCUCGAAUGUCUUCAAACUAUUGAUGACCCAUAAGGUGAAGCUCGAGAGCAAUUUUGCUUCCAUCAUCUUUGCCAUCAUGGUUCUGGAAGGACUUGGUCGUUCACUGGACCCUGAACUGGACAUCCUAGAGGCAGCUAAGCCACUGCUCAUCAAAACUGCAGCUUCUGUCCUUGAAUAGACUCUUGUGACUGCUGCCCUCUCACUGUGCAGGGUUACCUGUGCUGUCUGUGAGCUGACAGAGAAAGAAGCUGAAGGUGAGAAGUCACACGUAUUUUGGGGACACACCAUGCAGUGGUUACUCUCCAUUAAUGUUGCCUUCAGUUGUUUCAGCCACGCACCAGGCAUGGGAUGAUGAGAAGGUCUAUUCCAGAAACUAGGAAGGCUUUGCACAAUUUGAGAGUUCUGACUCAUUACACAGUUUUAAGAACUAAUGUAUUCUGGUACUUUUUAAACUGACAUAUCAUGUAGUUUAGGUGCACAAGAUCACUGCAGACUGAUGAGAAAAGCUGUCUUACUUGUCUAAAAGUCUUUAAAAAGGUGUUCAUUGAUCAAAUCUGUUUUGAAAUAUAUCAGGUUAAAUAUUUAUAAUUUACUGACUUAGCUGUCAUAGUGGUGUGAGAAAUGAUGUUCUAACGCCACCUAAGCAACUAAUUCAGUCUGAAAAAAGCCAGAAAAUCUUUUUGUCUUUUGUACUUUUAACUUCUACUUUUAUUGUAGAAUUAUCCUGAGAUCUUGCAUGGAGUGGUCUGUUCUUAGUCAUUUUGGAUGAUAAAAACAGACCAGUCAAUUUGAUUUUUUUCAAGCUUCCAUACUCCAGCACAAUACUAUAGGAGUUUGGAUUAUAAACAGCAAAAGAAAAUAUUUGCCUAGACAGAAAACCUAAUUCUAUAAUAAAACCCAACUUUUGGAAAUAUUUGUACUGGUCUUUUUUUUUUUUUUUUUUCCCUGAAGCUUAAAAAAAAGUAGGGUUUUUUUUGUGUGCGUACUUCCUUCCUACUACCCUCCUUCCUGCUCCCCUAGUCUCACUCUAGUUAACUCAAAACCUUAACUAAUAUGCAAAUUCUUGAGUUUUGUUACCAAUAGUUUGCAAAACAAGGAGUCUAAGCAUUUUCCUAAUGGUUAGAAAACACAUUGUAAAUGUUUAAAAUUAAAUAAAGCCAGCAAAAGAGCUAGAUCAUACAUGGCUUUUACAGUCAGUUAUUUUAAUAGUAGUAUGAAAAUUAUUUUAUGGCUGUGUUUUAAUAGUGAGAAACACAGUCUAUAAAUGAUUGGAAAUACUGUAACACUAAAUAUGUUUCCAGAUAUACUGUAUGUGAAAUUGCAGCAGCACAGGGUGUCUGCAGUGGUCUGUUUUCAGAUGGUUAAGCAAUGAAGAGAAAGUAUAUCAGCAGACAAGCUGCUGUUUUAUGGUGAUUAUAAAAUAAUGAUUAAUGACAUACAAUUAAAGUCUGAAAAAUAAGUUUAGAUUCUGCUCAAUCUAUUUCAUGUACUUCCCAUUAAUCAUUUCAUAUUCCAUUUCCAAAUGUUUAAGGACACAAACAGCAGUAGAGUUUAAUAUCUUUUAAGUUUUAGGCUUGUUUCUCUAAGUCCAGUUAGAUUUAAAGUCAUAACUAGGUACACUGUUGUCCUAACUAGCACAUGAUUUUGCAUAAAAGAGAACUCAAAAAAGAAGAAAAGCAAGCUCUACAUUGAAGAAAUUCUCCAUGUGCUGCCAGGACCCACUUUCCCGCAGUCAUGUGCGUGCCCCCUCCCAUUUCCAUCCAGCUUGGGGGGUAGAGGUGGCAGGCGCACCACGCUGCAGCGUGUGCAGCCUGGGCUUACUCUAUUAGUCACACAGGACUUGGGCAGUCACCCAUGUUCUUGCUGAGCAAAUUUCAGCCAACUUUUCCAGAUGCUAAACAGCAUUUAAACCAAAUGACAAAAUGCCAUUUUUAAAAUGCAAAAUUGUGCCUCGCAGGUAAUUUCCAUAUAUGCAGUAAGUUAGAAUUUUUUUCAGACCUUAACUUAAACAAAAUGUCAAAGCCUUUACUUGUAUUUAGGUUCAUCUUUCCUUUUCCUUUUUUUUUCCUUUUUUUCUUUUCUUUUUUUUUUU